AUGCACGUACGUUAUCUUUUAGUUGCUUCAAGUCUAAAACUUAUUAUCGGCGUCCUUGGGCGCAAUAUAAUCGACCUUCCCUCCAACUACGAGACCGUUCCGGUCGUGUCCAAACUCCAGGGCCCUGGAGCCACUCAAAAUCAGCUGGCUCGUGAUCUUGGUGGUGAGAGAUGUGGUGCAGGUUAUGGUCGCUGUUCCAACGGCAACUGCUGUUCUACCGCAGGAUACUGUGGGAAUACUACGGCUCACUGUCGUUCUCCGGACUGCCAAAUCGACUUUGGUCAUUGCGAUGCACACGCCACUCCGGGGGGUCCGUCGACAGAAGCUAUUCCUCGUCCCAAGAUUGGCAAAGUUCCUUACGGCCCAACUGCAAUUCGUUCUUGCACUACCCCCGGAACCGUUGCUUUAACCUACGAUGACGGACCCAACCAAUACACCCGUGACCUUCUUGAUCUUCUGGAUAAAUAUGGCGCCAAGGUUACUUUCUUCGUCACCGGAAACAAUAACGGCAAAGGCCAAAUAGACAGCCCCGAUGUCCCAUGGGCUUCGCUCAUUCAACGUAUGGUCCUUAGCGAACAUCAGGUGGCCAGCCAUACCUGGUCUCACCAGGACUUAAACAAGAUAUCCCAAGUCCAGCGCCGAACUCAGCUACUGUGGAAUGAAGUGGCGUUUCGGAAUAUCCUUGGUUAUUUCCCUACCUACAUGCGUCCGCCUUAUUCAAGCUGCACCACAGAUACCGGCUGUUUGAACGACAUGGGCGACCUUGGCUAUCACGUUAUUCUUUAUGAUAUUGACACCGAAGACUACAGUCAUGAUAGUCCAGACACCAUUGAGCGGUCCAAGGAGAUAUUCGAUGAGAACCUAGCUCGCGAAAAGAGCACCAAAUCCUGGCUUGUCAUUGCCCAUGACGUGCACGAGCAGACCGUCCACAACCUCACAGAACACAUGUUGGAGAGACUUUACGCCAACGGAUAUCGUGCGGUGACUGUGGGUGAAUGUCUAGAUGACGCGAUGCAAAAUUGGUACCGCAAAGACAACCAAGUGAAGGUCCCAGGAAAACUUAAGCCGCAACCACCUGUGGAAAACAUCUCGCUUGAUGGAAAGUGCGGUGGAAAGGUUUCCUGCAUUGGGUCUGCCUUUGGCUUGUGCUGCGGUGGAAAUGGCUCCUGUGGGAACUCGACCGACUCAUGCGGAGCUGGCUGUCAGCCAAACGCCGGUUACUGUGAGAGCGAUUUCGGUGGUAACCAACAAACCGGGUCUGGAAUUGUCGGUUCCGACCCAUUGGGUGAUAGCAUCAAUUCUGGCAAGAAGCUUUUCAAGUCAGAAGGAAACUCAUCCUUUCGACAAACUUCUUUGACUCUUGCUUCGGUAUUUUUAUUUGCAUUGGUGUGGCUGUGA